AUUUCGAUAUUUCCAUUGGCCUGCUGCUCCUCCGUCCCGACUAUAGAAAGAGCUUGGAUAUGUUGUUUAUGGUCUAAAUACCGCACGUAAAAUCAUUCUUUCAAGGUGGUAAGAUGGAGGGCGGCGGUAGACCACCUCUCAUCGAAGAGAAUAGAGAUUCGGGAAAUCAUACAGUAGAGGGCAUCCUCUCCGGGAAAUAUAAUCGGGAUUUGCGCCGGUCCAGUGGCACCGAGACAAAUCCUGACCUCACCCCCAUCGCAGAAUGCGACAUCCCUAUAGGACCGCUUCGAUUCUGCGACUCGAUCGCCAUUAAGAACUACGUACGCACGCUGUAUUUAGGCGUCGACCCCUGGCGGCGGGACAACCAUUCCGACCAGAUCGUCAACGUCUCGGUUCGAGUAUGGCGGAAACAAGGAUGCCCAAUGACUGUCUCCAAACGGGACGACGAAGCAGGGAAACUAGAGGUCAACUACUCCCAACUGGCGCGGACGAUUUCGACGGCAUUCGAGACGCUCACGGCCUCAAGAGAGCUCGCUGAGCAGCAUGCGUUGCACCAUUUCGUCGAGAUCCUAUGGCGCGAGAUCUCCCAGAGGGCUGUCGACAAUGACUGGAAGAUCUGCGCGAUGCAUAUCAAAGCAGACUUGCCCAAGGCGACGCAUACGGGAGACUGCCUCAGCCUGGAGCUGUGGCGAGAGCCGAAUCUGGGCGAUGCCAACCCCAAGUUAAACAGCUCGAUGGUGCUCUGCUUCCAGGGCCUCCGGCUCAACGCCUCGAUCGGGUUCCACGCCUUCGAGCAUCAAGCCAAACAGCGCCUCAUCAUCACCCUCUGGAUCGACACCGUGGACGGCGGCAAGCCCCACGGACCAUCCCGCGCACUGCUGAACCACAUCCAGGAACUGGAAACCGUUGUCGUCAAGUUCGUCGAGACCACCAUCUUCAAGACUCUCGAAGGCAUGGGGAACGAGCUCCUGGCGCUCGUCAAGCAGCGGCUCGGGGACAGCUUCGCCCCGGAUAUGGCGCCGAACCUACGGCUCCGCAUCGAGAAGCCGUUGGCGGUGCCGCUGGCAGACGCACCUAUGGUGGAGUUGUAUCGGCCAUGGAUACGGCCGGAGGGGCUGGGGAGCGUAGAGGAUGGACAAUCGGGGAAGAAGCAGAAAGUGUGAGUGGUGCGGUCGAGAUGUAUUUGUGGAUGAUGGUAUUAUAGCGGACAUAUGGUAGACAAAAUAGAUAUAGAAUGCUUUACGAAGACGUCAUGCGUAUGAAAACAGGCUUAAUACUUUCCUCCACUGCCUCUCUUCGAUUCUCUGUUUCUUGUAUUGAUCCAUUUCAGUCUUCAGUCUCCCCAUGGCGAUUACUUUUGACGGCGCAUAUUAUUCGUAAAUCCGUCCGAAAGACAUAUAACUCAUAACUUACCUAGGUUGAUCAAUCAUAAUUAAGGGAUUCAAGGUUGAGGUGCACAAUCCUUCCCAAUCCUCCCAUUCAGCUGCUUCUCCCCACGUG